GAUUAAUAGUAUUUGCCAAAAGCAAGAACAUUUCAAAGUGCAUUCUUCAACUUUCAACCCACAGGAAAAUCACCUACACACUCCUAAAUUCAGCCGAUCUGGCAAACAUCGUUAUCAAACUACCUUAAUCCAUUCGAUUGCAGCUUCAGGAUUUUCCUCUAUUAACACCCGUAUUUCUGACGUUGUGUCAGAAAUAUUUCCAAGAUGACGCCCCUUCAAAGCUUGCCAAACGAGCUUCUCGUCAAGAUAGCAGGAUUCCUAGACGAUGUAGCCGACUUGAAUUCUCUUUCUGCAGCAAGUCGAAAACUCCACUAUAUCUCCAAUCCAAGACUAUACGCGUUGGCCGCAAAGGAAUUCCCUCAUCUCCUCACUUGGGCGUGUGAAGUUGGUUCACUGGGCGUGGUAAAGAAGCUGCUCGUAGCUGGAUCAAGUCCGAAUCUACCUGCAUUCAUGCCUUCUUCACAAGACCUCAACGACUUCCAAGAUACAUCGGACCACCCACUGAACGUGCUUAACAAUGUGUACGGCCACAACUUGUGGAAGAGACAAAGCAACCCAGACCAGAUCCUCGCGCGUGACAGGGUUGCGGUUUACGACCCAGAGUGUCAUCCAACAGUACAACAAUACAUUUCCGGUACCGAGUCAUACUGGUUUCCCCUUCACGCUGCUGUCAAAUCUGGUUCGGAUGAGAUAGUCAAGUUGCUCGUCAAUUCUGGUUCAUAUCUAGACCUCCCUUCGCGUGAGUUGUGUUCCUGCCGUACCAACGGCUUGGGGUUCGGACAAUCUGGUUACUGGACCCCACUACAUGCGGCAUUGUGCUCUGACGAUGAAGCAAUGACGAACUUACUUCUCACUCUUGGAGCAUCGCCACAUAUUGAACUGCUCACCGUACAGUCAAAUGCAUUGCACUGGGCAGCUCGUGCUGGUCACAUUUCCACUAUGCGCCUCCUUUUAGAAGACUAUCACACUCCAGUCGAUGUCCGAGACACUGACGGCGCAACUCCUCUUAUGUGGGCACUGGGGACUAAGUCGAGCGUGCAGACAAUGGAUUUUCUCGUCCAGCAUGGCGCCAAUCUCGAGGCGAGGCUUACAAACACCAACCAACGUUUUGGAGAGUUAACUCCUAUCACCCAGGCUGCUGCUCAUGCAUGGUUUAGCGAAGUUGCAUAUCUGGUCGAUGCUGGAGCUAACAUCGGCCCUACUCCACCAGAACGUUUCUCUACUUUAGAAUACUGUCUUUUUGGGUUAGGAAUGGCCAUAAACAGAGAAGAGAGGGUAUGGCAUGAAUAUUUCCUUUCCCAUGGAAAAUUACACCAGGAUCACUUGUUUAGACAUCAGGAAUUCAAGUACAAUAUAGGGCUGUUAGCAACUCGUCCUACCCCUGGAGCUUUCCCUUAUGGCAAAAUUCCCACAAACCUAUCAACACUUAUCAAGAGAUUAGUACAGCUAGGUGCCGGCGCCCAGGAUUCCGCACUCAUACGAGCAUGCGCGGGUCAUUCUCUGGAGCUGGUGCAGUAUCUACUUGCCAACGGUUACCAAGUCAACCAGGAAAUUGUCGGAGGCUUAUUUCCGCUGCUCGCUGCGGUUUCCGGUAAGAACCUGGAAAAGGCCGAAUCUCCUCAGGAUACUAUCGAUUACCUCCUCAAGCAUGGCGCGAAUCCUAAUCAGACAAAUAGUUUUGAAGAGUUUGCCUUGACGCAAGUUUGUUUUUAUCCCGAACGCAGUCCGAAACAACUCGAGGUAGUCAAACUUUUACUUGCCUAUGGCGCUGACCCAAAUAUUCGCACUCCUGUGCCAUUCCAUAUAUAUACGGAUAUCGUAUAUAUAUCGCCCUUUCAAGCAGCCUUCUGCAGGUGGAAAGAAGAUAUCUGUCGUUACCUCAUGGAACAAGGGGCUCAAAUCUCGCAUGAAAGAUGCGAUCUUCGUAAUAUGCUAAGAUGGCACAAAGGACGAUCUAUAUUUACGGGAAAGUUGCAGAGUCAUCGCGACCACCAUAAAUGCUGGUUUGACGAUACGAAAUCCGUUAAGGGAUUACCACUAGACAGGCAACCCCAUAAUCCAAGGGAGUACUUAGCUGAAGGUCAUGCAGACUGCCCUUGUUGUACUCCUUUGUCCUACCUACUAGAGAUUGACCACGAUGGGUGGCUUUUCAGGGAUCCUGAAUCGCUUUGGCUAGCUGCAAGUACCUGGUGGUUUCCAAUGGUCAAAAUCUUUCUGGAUUGUGGAGCUGCCGACGCCUCAUGGGAGCCGGACUACGACAAAGGCCGUACAGUCUUGAUACAAUACCUCAUUUGGAGAUCUCAUCAUUAUCUUCCCAUAAACUAUUUACAGCGUCUCGUAGAUAUUGGCGUUGAUGUUAACGCGAACUUUCGUGAGAGAGGAUCGGCGUUGACGUGUCUUUUAGAGAUGAUCGAAACCUACGCUGAGGAAGAUCGUCAAUCUCGGUUCUUCGACUUUCUCCAAGUCUUACUCGACAAUGGAAGUGUAACGUCCGCAACAGAUAUUGCACUGUUCAACUCAUACGCAAUGUACGCUGAAACGAAGGAUUUGGAAAUAGUGAGAGAGUUAUAUAAGCGGUUUUAUGUGGAAGGAUCAAGGAUAAUCUCGCGCGAAACUAGCUAGCGAUUAUUUUCUAAAGAAUCACUGGUGAACCCAACACGGGAAUUCCUCAGGCUUCUCGGCUACCUAUGUAUACCAACGUUAGCCAUAUAUCUUGCUAUUUGGCUAAACUAAGGAUAAUAAGAAGUAAUGACAGAGGCUUAGAGCUUAGUUAGGAGAGAGCCAACUAUGAAU